UUUUACGUCACCACCAACAUAUUAUAGCUCAAAUGCUUUAAACUCAAUGUGCGUUGGUAUUUCCGUCGACUUGUUGUUUCAUAAAUAUUUUGAUUUUUAAUGAUGUGGUAUAAGCCAAGAGCUUUAGCGCUAAGACUUCAUAACGUUUAUGUUAGAUGGUGGAGUAAGAUCGUAUUUUUAUUGGCGACUAUAUUACACAUCUCGUCUGCAUAAUAAAUAUUGUGUUUGUACGGAGACGUUUUAGUUUUCAUCUUUUUUGUGUGUGUUUUUUUGGUGUUUUGUUUUAAGUUCAGUCGGUGACCACUUAGGGGACAUUGAAAUUGGUCCGAAGUGAACUUAAUAUCCAGCCAUAUAAUUAUUAAGGAUACCCCCUCAAAAAGAAUUUCAUGUCAAAAUGUUGCCAGUAUUCAAGAAAUUGGGGUUUCUUUACAAUAGCUACGUACUAGCCAUCUUAACAAUCGGCUACAUUCUGGGUGAAUUGGGCCACUAUCUCAUUGGUGUUACAUCGAAACAAACAGCCAUUGAAUUGGACUAUGGCGAUCAUGCCUGUCAGUUGAAUAACACAGAACUGACGAGAAAUGAACUGCCUAUUCAGUGCAAGGCAAUAAGCAAUGCAACAGAAUGCAUCGCUCAAAGUAUAAAUGGAACGGCCUACUGUGAAUGGAACUACAACGGUUUGGGUAUCGACUAUCAACUGUUAGCUGGUCCCAGUUUCAUUUUAGUUUUUACAAUUGUGGGAAUUGCUAUGGGUGUGCUAGCCGAUAAGUACAAUCGAGUACGAAUGUUGGCCGUUUGUACAAUAGUUUUUGCCGUUGCCAUUAUUCUACAAGGAUCCGUGACAAAGUAUUGGCAUUUGGUAGUGCUGCGAAUGAUCAUGGCUGCAGGUGAAUCGGGCUGCAAUCCGUUAGCCACUGGUAUUAUGAGCGACAUAUUUCCGGAGAAGAAACGUGCCUUGGUCAUGGCUAUUUUCAAUUGGGGCAUAUACGGAGGCUAUGGAAUCGCCUUUCCUGUCGGUCGAUAUAUAACGAAAUUGGAUAUCGGUGGACUGGGUUGGAGAAUUUGUUAUUAUGGAGCCGGUGCUCUGGCUGUAAUCGUUGCAGUCCUAACUGGUACAACAUUGAAGGAACCGACACGAAAAACUAUCGGAGAAGAGAACGCCAAUCAAAAUAGGAAGAAAAUCUCAUUGUGGAAAGUGUUGCUGCAACCGAGAGUUCUGAUGUUGGCAUUCGCCGCUUCGAUUAGACAUAGCGGUGGCAUGACGUUCGCUUACAAUGCCGAUCUGUACUACAACAUUUAUUUCCCCGAUGUUGAUUUGGGAUGGUGGUUGUUCAUCGUGACAAUUGGCAUUGGUAGCAUUGGUGUGGUUGUGGGUGGGGUGGUAUCGGAUAAAAUUGUAGCGAAAAUGGGGAUAAAAUCACGAGUAGCCGUACUGGCCAUCAGUCAGUUGAUCGCAACGCCAUUCGCUUUCGGAUCAGUUUAUUUCGAGCCGUUGUGGGCUAUGAUUACCCUCGGAAUAAGCUACUUCUUUGCUGAAAUGUGGUUCGGAAUCGUGUUUGCCAUUUUGGUUGAAAUUGUUCCGCUUCAAAUCAGAUCGACAACCGUUGGCAUUUUCUUGUUCGUGAUGAACAACAUUGGGGGUAAUUUGCCAAUUCUCGUUGAUCCCGUUGCCAAAGCUCUCGGUUACCGGGAAUCGAUCUCAAUCUUCUACGCCGGAUUCUAUUUGAUAAGUUCGGUGCUAUUUUUCAUCACCAUCUUCCUGAUGGAAACAUCGCCGUCGAAUGAAGUUGAAGAAAGUACCGCUGAACAACCGAAACUACCACGUGAUUCUGGUCAUGACAAUCGUAUGUUUGCCGAUGAGACUGGACUGCCACAUUUGGCGAACAAAGCUCAUCACAUGCAACAGCAGCAUCCACACCAUGCCAAAUACGAGAACAGUAAACUGUGAUUUGUUUAGGAAUUUUGAUUUAAAAGAAAUAAUUUAUUUUUAUAAGAAAAAACAACUUGCUCCAAUUUAGUCUGUAUUGAUUGUAAUAUGCGACACAUACUUAGUUGAAGUUGAAGCUGAUGAAUGUUACUUAAAUUUGCCAAAAAAAAUCCAUUUUUUUCUAUGAA